AUGGUCGCGACAUUUGUGUCAAAAGCAGGUCAUACUGCAACAACUCCUCUUAAUGAGCAAAGAAUUGUUACUGCGGAUUGGUAUACCACCAUUUGUUUGCCAAAAGUCAUCACCGAGCUUAGAAAAAUCAACCCCGAAGAAAGAAUCAUCCUCCACCAAGACAAUGCAAGCUCGCACACAGCCCAAAAAACAAGGCAGUAUUUAACGGAAGAAAACGUGAAAUUAUUGGACCAUCCUCCGUAUAGUCCUGAUGUAAGUCCUAACGAUUUCUUUACUUUCCCGAAAAUUAAAAACAUACUGCGUAGUCCAAGGUUCCAGUCACCAGAGGAAGCAGUUGACGCAUUCAAAAUUGCCGUUUUGGAUCUGCCAACGAACGAGUGGAAUAAGUGCUUCGAAAAUUGGUUCGAGCGCAUGCACAUGUGUAUUAAUCUUCGUGGAGAAUACUUCUAA